CACAGGGAGUGAGAUCAUGUGGAGCUGGACGGGGGGAAGGUGAUGCAUACAAUAAUCACAGACUUUACAUAAACGUAGCAAAGAGACAAUCUACUCAAAUCAUAGAACUGGUAGUUAACGGUGCCGAAUGCUCCAGUAACAGGAGAGAGAGGGGAGAGAGAGACGAGAGAGAGAGAGGAGAGAGAGAGGAGAGAGAGAGGGAGGAGAGAGGAGAGAGAGAUGAGAGGGGAGAAAGAGAGGGACGAGAGAGAGAGAGAGAGGGGAGAGAGAGGAGAGAUGGAGGGAGAGAGAGAGAGAGAGAGAGGGAGAGAGAGGGGGGGUAGCUGCAGCUGUGUGCAAGGAAGUGUGUAAGUGUUGACUGUGUUACAUAAUGGCUGAUGAUGUAAUCUUCAGCUGCUGGUGUCUGCAGUGCAGUCUCUCUCUCUCUUUUGCUCUCGCUCCCCCCCCCCCCCCCCCCCCCCCCACCAUCUCUCCAGGGGGAGCCCUGAGCAGUCUCUGUACAACCCAAUCACCCUUCAUGCCCCCUCCCACCCCCUCCAACCCCUACCCCCCCCCCCAUUCUCCUCUUCCCCCUUACCCUCCUGUCCCCUACGCACUCAUUCACAAACAAACACAAUGAACCAACCUCCCAUUCCUUCCAUUGCUUCCAUCUAAAUCACGAUCUCACAGAAACUUUAACAUCAACAAACAGUAGCAAAAAUAGACAUAUCUAACUAACAAAUCAACUAGACUGCUUAUCUUAAACGGUUCCCCAUUUAGCUCCAGUAAUACCCCACGUUUACCAUGGAGAUGACCACCCUGUGGCUGCAUCCCAAAUGGCACCCAAUUUCUAUAUAGUGCACUACUUUUGACCAAUUAUUGUUUCUCUCUCUCUUUCUCUGUGGGCCCUGGUGCACUAAAUAUGGAAUAGGGUGCCACUUGGGACUCAGAUGUACAUCAUCCCCCUGCUGGGAAGAUCAACAUCCCUGGGGUAUAUUCCCUAGAAACCAAACAGAAGCAAACUGAACAAAACAGGGAGGGAUCUUUUUUUCCGUUUCGAAAUGUUGUGCACUAAUGAAUACACCCCUGAUGUGUUUCUACUAGAACACUUCCUGAUUCUAUCCCUGUGGCCUCAUGGGUGAUGUAGUCUGUGUGUUUGUUUUUACAGUGUCUCUACUGUAAAUUAUGCUAUCCUGCUCAUUUGACAUUCUAGUCAUUUAGCAGACGCUCUUAUCCAGAGCGACUUACAAUUAUUUAGUUCAUCUUAAGAUAGCAAGGUGUGACAACAACACACCACAGUCGUAUCUAGUACAUUUUCCCUCAACAAAGUAUUUAUCAGCAAAGCCAGCGCUAGUAGAAAAAGAUAAGUGCCUUUCUUUGUUAGUUUUUAUCUCCUCAGGAACAACAUGUCAAGGCAGAUCUGUUGACUGCAUUCAUUGCUUUUCCUCUCUUGCUUCUCCUAUUCCCCUUACCUCAGACCCCUUCACAUAGUAAGAUCCCUUUACACAGCCAAAAUAAAUGCAUGUAAAUACAUACAUUUGUUUUUGGUAUACUAAAAAAUGACAUUGUUUUAUGUAGGAGUUUCACCUCUCUCAUAGUCUACCCCCUCCAUGUUUGUUAGGUAAGUCCCACAGGUUAGGAUUAUAUUAUGAUGUCAUAUUCUGUCUCUCUCCAGGAAAAUCCCACCUGGCCAUCGUCCAGCGGGUCAACAACGAGGGUGAGGGUGAUCCCUUCUAUGAGGUCAUGGGCAUCGUGACCCUGGAGGACGUUAUAGAGGAGAUCAUCAAGUCAGAGAUACUGGACGAGACUGACCUCUACAGUACGUACACACACACUGACCUAAAGUACAUACAUACUCGCAAGAACUGACGCACAUGCAAGAACACACACACAUACACGCGCACAGUACUUCUAGAGUAUGUGUGUGUCUCACCCUACAUCUGAUAACCUCUCUAAGUGUUGUGUCUCCCUCUACAGCUGAUAACCUCUCUAAGUGUUGUGUCUCCUCUACAGCUGAUAACCUCUCUAAGUGUUGUGUCUCCUCUACAGCUGAUAACCUCUCUAAGUGUUGUGUCUCCUCUACAGCUGAUAACCUCUCUAAGUGUUGUGUCUCCCUCUACAGCUGAUAACCUCUCUAAGUGUUGUGUCUCCCUCUACAGCUGAUAACCUCUCUAAGUGUUGUGUCUCCUCUACAGCUGAUAACCUCUCUAAGUGUUGUGUCUCCCUCUACAGCUGAUAACCUCUCUAAGUGUUGUCUCCCUCUACAGCUGAUAACCUCUCUAAGUGUUGUGUCUCCUCUACAGCUGAUAACCUCUCUAAGUGUUGUGUCUCCUCUACAGCUGAUAACCUCUCUAAGUGUUGUGUCUCCUCUACAUCUGAUAACCUCUCUAAGUGUUGUGUCUCCCUCUACAGCUGAUAACCUCUCUAAGUGUUGUGUCUCCCUCUACAGCUGAUAACCUCUCUAAGUGUUGUGUCUCCCUCUACAGCUGAUAACCUCUCUAAGUGUCUCCUCUACAGCUGAUAACCUCUCUAAGUGUUGUGUCUCCCUCUACAGCUGAUAACCUCUCUAAGUGUUGUGUCUCCCUCUACAGCUGAUAACCUCUCUAAGUGUUGUGUCUCCCUCUACAGCUGAUAACCUCUCUAAGUGUUGUGUCUCCUCUACAGCUGAUAACCUCUCUAAGUGUUGUGUCUCCUCUACAGCUGAUAACAUCUCUAAGUGUUGUGUCUCCCUCUACAGCUGAUAACCUCUCUAAGUGUUGUGUCUCCCUCUACAGCUGAUAACCUCUCUAAGUGUUGUGUCUCCCUCUACAGCUGAUAACCUCUCUAAGUGUCUCCCUCUACAGCUGAUAACCUCUCUAAGUGUUGUGUCUCCCUCUACAGCUGAUAACCUCUCUAAGUGUUGUGUCUCCCUCUACAGCUGAUAACCUCUCUAAGUGUUGUGUCUCCCUCUACAGCUGAUAACCUCUCUAAGUGUUGUGUCUCCCUCUACAGCUGAUAACCUCUCUAAGUGUUGUGUCUCCUCUACAGCUGAUAACCUCUCUAAGUGUCUCCCUCUACAGCUGAUAACCUCUCUAAGUGUUGUGUCUCCUCUACAGCUGAUAACCUCUCUAAGUGUUGUGUCUCCCUCUACAGCUGAUAAUCUCUCUAAGUGUUGUGUCUCCCUCUACAGCUGAUAACCUCUCUAAGUGUUGUGUCUCCUCUACAGCUGAUAACCUCUCUAAGUGUUGUCUCCCUCUACAGCUGAUAACCUCUCUAAGUGUUGUGUCUCCCUCUACAGCUGAUAACCUCUCUAAGUGUUGUGUCUCCCUCUACAGCUGAUAACCUCUCUAAGUGUUGUGUCUCCCUCUACAGCUGAUAACCUCUCUAAGUGUUGUGUCUCCCUCUACAGCUGAUAACCUCUCUAAGUGUUGUGUCUCCCUCUACAGCUGAUAACCUCUCUAAGUGUUGUGUAUCCCUCUACAGCUGAUAACCUCUCUAAGUGUUGUGUCUCCCUCUACAGCUGAUAACCUCUCUAAGUGUUGUGUCUCCCUCUACAGCUGAUAACCUCUCUAAGUGUUGUGUCUCCUCUACAGCUGAUAACCUCUCUAAGUGUUGUGUCUCCCUCUACAGCUGAUAACCUCUCUAAGUGUUGUCUCCCUCUACAGCUGAUAACCUCUCUAAGUGUUGUGUCUCCUCUACAGCUGAUAACCUCUCUAAGUGUUGUGUCUCCUCUACAGCUGAUAACCUCUCUAAGUGUUGUGUCUCCUCUACAUCUGAUAACCUCUCUAAGUGUUGUGUCUCCCUCUACAGCUGAUAACCUCUCUAAGUGUUGUGUCUCCCUCUACAGCUGAUAACCUCUCUAAGUGUUGUGUCUCCCUCUACAGCUGAUAACCUCUCUAAGUGUCUCCUCUACAGCUGAUAACCUAUCUAAGUGUUGUGUCUCCCUCUACAGCUGAUAACCUCUCUAAGUGUUGUGUCUCCUCUACAGCUGAUAACCUCUCUAAGUGUUGUGUCUCCCUCUACAGCUGAUAACCUCUCUAAGUGUUGUGUCUCCCUCUACAGCUGAUAACCUCUCUAAGUGUUGUGUCUCCUCUACAGCUGAUAACCUCUCUAAGUGUUGUGUCUCCUCUACAGCUGAUAACAUCUCUAAGUGUUGUGUCUCCCUCUACAGCUGAUAACCUCUCUAAGUGUUGUGUCUCCCUCUACAGCUGAUAACCUCUCUAAGUGUUGUGUCUCCCUCUACAGCUGAUAACCUCUCUAAGUGUCUCCCUCUACAGCUGAUAACCUCUCUAAGUGUUGUGUCUCCCUCUACAGCUGAUAACCUCUCUAAGUGUUGUGUCUCCCUCUACAGCUGAUAACCUCUCUAAGUGUUGUGUCUCCCUCUACAGCUGAUAACCUCUCUAAGUGUUGUGUCUCCCUCUACAGCUGAUAACCUCUCUAAGUGUUGUGUCUCCUCUACAGCUGAUAACCUCUCUAAGUGUCUCCCUCUACAGCUGAUAACCUCUCUAAGUGUUGUGUCUCCUCUACAGCUGAUAACCUCUCUAAGUGUUGUGUCUCCCUCUACAGCUGAUAAUCUCUCUAAGUGUUGUGUCUCCCUCUACAGCUGAUAACCUCUCUAAGUGUUGUGUCUCCUCUACAGCUGAUAACCUCUCUAAGUGUUGUCUCCCUCUACAGCUGAUAACCUCUCUAAGUGUUGUGUCUCCCUCUACAGCUGAUAACCUCUCUAAGUGUUGUGUCUCCUCUACAUCUGAUAACCUCUCUAAGUGUUGUGUCUCCCUCUACAGCUGAUAACCUCUCUAAGUGUUGUGUCUCCCUCUACAGCUGAUAACCUCUCUAAGUGUUGUGUCUCCUCUACAGCUGAUAACCUCUCUAAGUGUUGUGUCUCCCUCUACAGCUGAUAACCUCUCUGUGUUGUGUCUCCCUCUACAGCUGAUAACCUCUCUAAGUGUUGUGUCUCCCUCUACAGCUGAUAACCUCUCUAAGUGUUGUGUCUCCCUCUACAGCUGAUAAUCUCUCUAAGUGUUGUGUCUCCCUCUACAGCUGAUAACCGUUCUAAGCGUCGUGUUUCUCACCAUGAGAGGAAGCAGCAGGACUUCUCCAUCUUUAAGCUGUCGGAGAACGAGAUGAAGGUGAAGAUUUCUCCUCAGCUCCUCCUCGCCACGCACCGCUUCCUGUCCACAGGUAGGCCCACUGUGAUGUCACUUCCUGUCCAAUGUGAGGUCACUUCCUGGGUGUUAAAGAAGGAAGGAACCAUAGAAUUACAUAUACAAUCUCUGUGGAAGUAAGUUCUUCUCAAUUUGAGGCCUGGUCACAAACCAACCCAUUGAAUAUUAAAGAAUAUUGACUAGUUAUUGUAAAUUAUAUUUUUCUUAUUACUUUGCCACUGCCUCUCUCAUUUCUUCCUAUCUAUCCCUCUUUCAUCUCUCCCCUUUUACUACCCUCUCCUCCCACCUCUUCUCUCCUUCCCCUCUCUCCUUCCCCUCUCUCCCGUAGAGGUGGAGCCCUUCAAGCCAGCCCACCUAUCAGAGAAGAUCUUACUGCGUCUCAUUAAACACCCCAGUGUGGUACAGGAGCUAAGCUACGAUGACAAGAACAAACUGGCCCCACAGCACUUCCUGUUUCAGAGAAACAAACCUGUUGACUACUUCAUCCUGUUACUACAGGUAUAAACGCCUGCAAUAAUUGUCCCUUAGCAAUAAAUCAAAUUCAUUUCAUGUAUUUUAUUGGUAGGAUAGUAGAGAACAGAUAGGACAGUGAGGAGAUAAGUGUGUCAAAGUAGGAAAGGAUUUGAUCUCACACAGAGGGAGAGUACACUGAGUGGACAGAGCUUUAGGAACACUUUCCUAAUAUUGAGUUGCACCCCCUUUUGCCCUCAGAACAGCCUCAAUUCGUUGAGGCAUGUACUACAAGGUGUCGAAAGCGUUUCACAGGGAUGCUGGCCCAUGUUGACUCCAACGCUUCCCACAGUUGUGUCAAGUUGGCUGGAUGUCCUUUGGGUGGUGGAUAAUUGUUGAUACACACGGGAAACUGUUGAGCGUGAAAAACCCAGCAGAGUUGCAGUUCUUGACACACUCAAACCGGUGCGCCUGGCACCUAUUGGCACCUACUACCCGUUCAAAGGCACUUACAUCUUUUGUCCCGCCCAUUCACCCUCUGAAUGGCACACAUACACAAUCCAUGUCUCAAUUGUCUCAAGGCUUAAAAAUCCUUCUUUAAUUAACCUGUCUCCGCCCCUUCAUAUACACUGAUUGAAGUGGAUUUAACAAGUGACAUCAAUAAGGGAUCAUAGCUUUCACCUGGAUUCACCUGGUCAGUCUAUGUCAUGGAAAGAGCAGGUGUUCAUAAUGUUUUGUACCCUCAGUGUAUAUCAUGUGCUGCAGGUGGAGGUGCUAACCGCUACACCAACCCGGGUUUAAUAAAUAGCUUAGAAUAUAUAGAAUAUAGCUUAGACACAAAUCAGGGAACUUGACCAUUUCUCUCUCCUGUGUGUCCAGGGUCGUGUGGAGGUGGAGUUUGGUAAAGAGGCUCUGAGGUUUGAGAACGGAGCGUUCGCCUACUAUGGUGUGCCUGCCAUCAUGCCCACAGGUAACUGGCUCAUCACACACACACACACACACACACACACACACACACACACACACACACACAAAUGCAUGCACGCACACAUGCACACAAACCUGCACAUAUAGAGAAACACUCUGUGCACAGUGCACACACAAAGAAAGCAAAACAUUGAAUGACAAACAUAAAAUAAUACACUUAAUUCAAAAUACAUUAUCUGGACUGUCCCAUUGCAUAGACCAGAGAGUGGUAGAAAACUAUCUCAUCCCUGUCUGACCCAUUACCAUCCUGUAUGAUUCAGUCCACAGAUCCCCCUCCCGUAGCAGUGGUCUGGACCGGUCUGACUCUAUGCUGUAUGGGGGCAGUCUGGGCCAACUCAACGGAGGGGGGAGCGUCUACCUGCCUGACUACUCUGUUAGACAGCUCACACACCUGCAGGUCAUUAAGGUAGGCUUACCUAGACUACAGUACAGCCCCGCCCACCUCAAGUUAUCUGGAUACACCUGCUCCAACACCAUUUGUCAUUUAUUUGAGUUCACUUGCAGCGGUGUCUUGAUGGUCUUGAUAACUAAAUAGUUUAUUCAAUGCAUCAUUCAUUCAUUUGUCAUUUUAGACAUUUGUCAUUUCCUGAAAGUAUAAAGAAUCUAAAUCCCAUCUGACUGAGUGAAUGUUUUAGUAGUGUGUAAUAGGGUCCCAAAUAGCACCCUAUACACCAUACAGUAUAUAGCCCUAUGGUCCUUGGUCAAAAGUAAUACACUUUAUAGGAAAAAGGGUGUAAUUUGUGAUGUAACCCAGUAGCUUAGUCAGAGCUGUGGUACAGUACAGCCUCUAACUUCCACCUAUGACAGCUAUGACCUUUCUUUGACCUUUGACCUUUAACCCUCAGAUCACCCGUAGCCACUACCAGAACGCCCUGACGGCCACCCGGAUGGACAGCUCCCCCCAGACGCCCGACACAGACGCCCGGCUCACAGACGGGAACACCCCCGACCCCCCUGUCCCGGAGCAGAGCGGAGACCUCCUCCUUCCCCCCAGAGAGACCCGGCCCAGCUCGGCCAGAACCAGGGGACAGCAGUCCUCCGUCCCACACAGCACCUCUCUGCUCAACGAGAAGAACCGCAUCGUCCGUAAG